AGGGCUGUGGCCCAGGCGGAUCGGCGCGGCCAUGGACGCGGCCGCGCCGCGCCGGUCGCCCGGCGGUGCUGCCAGGCGGCAAGCUGAGGCCAGGCGCCAUGGCGGGCCGCUGCUGGGCGCCAGGCCGAGGCUGCGCCCUUCCAGCGCGCGGGCGGGCGGGCGGCAGCAGGCCCUGGCGGCCAUGCUGGCCGCCGCCGGCACGGACGGCGUGGACGACCGCGGCCUCGGGGGUGCCGCGGCAGCCUCCCUGGAGGUGGCCCCCGCGGUUGGCGGCGCGGGCUGGCCCGCCGUCGGCGGCCCCAGGCGCGCGCGGCUGCCUCAGCAGGUGCGCCGGCCUCGGCCGCAGAGCGCGCCCCUGGGCGGCCGCGAGGAGGCGCCCGAGCCCGGCAGCCCGCGGGGCUCCGCCCGCGCCCUCGUCGGCACCCCGCCCGCCGCCCGCGGCCCCGCGCCGAGCGCCGCCAGCAGCGCCGGCGGGGCCUUGGGGCCGCCUGCCGCAGCCUGCAGCCCGGCGGCCCCCAGGGCCAGGCCUGCGCUGCGGCCGCCUGCCACGCCCGCGGCGAGCACGCCGCUGGGCGGUGCGGGCGCGGGCGGGGGCGCCCCGCUGGGCCUCGGCGGCCUCGUGCGCUGCGAGCUCCGAGGGGCAGUCGGCCGCUGUCCAGGCAAAGCUGGCGGUUGGCCCCUGUCGCUGGGCGAGGCCCUCGGCGAAGCCGUCGUGCAGGCGACUGGCAUGCGGGGCCAUGACAUCUUGGUCCACGUGAUUGCCAGCAGCGCUAGGGUCACCGCUUGCGUGGCGCUGUGCGGGCAGAACGCCGUGGCUGGAGCGGAGGCCCUGGCGCUGGCCGUGAACUCUGGCGAGUUGCUGCGAAUAGCAGAGCAGGGCCAGCUCACGGCGGCGACUCCAGUGGAGCCCGCUCUGCGCCAGCUGCUGCAGCGCGGGGUACUCUUCCAGGCGUUCCAGGUUACCGCCCGGCACGAGUGGCGACUGAAGAACUUCAAGGAGCAGGUGGCAUCGGCCCCAGUGGUCUCUUCGAGUCAGUUCACCCUAGCAGGAGCGAGGCACUUGUCGCUGCACCUACACUUGCAUGGUGGCCAAAGCCAGGGUGCGACCUGGAACGACGAGCUGCGGCGACAGAACCGACGGCGGACCUCGACGACGGCUGCGCUGAUGAUAUCCGCUCAUGCGGCAAGCCGCAUCACUUGCCCCUUCCUCUUCGCGGUGGGCCAGGGCGCGCACUGGAUGGGGCCUUUCGGCCGCCUGGACGGCCACAACCUGCCAGGCAGCACCGUCUGCGAGAUCGACGACCUGCUGAAGCAUGUUGACAGCGAGGGGACGCUGCUUAUCUCCAUCGAGGCGGCUCGUAGGGUGGCCCCGGCCGGCACCGAAGUGCCGAGGGCCACCCCACCGGCCCAAGGGCCUUGCCACCGCAGCGAGCGACCAAGCCGCGAGCCGAGGGCAGGGAUGCAGGAGGCCCUGGCCCAGCACGAAGGCCCAGCGGGCGCGAAGCCUUCUGCCUCUUCCCAGCUGCAGGCGCCCGCCGCGGAGCCUACCGCGUGGCCUGCCACAGCGCCCUCGGCGACGCCCGCGGCGGCGCCGCACGCUGUGCCUGCAGCGCCCGCCCAAGAGUCCUCCGCGCCGCUGGCCGCGGCGUCCGCUGCCCUGCCCGCGUCAGUGCUCGCGCCGGCGCCGGUGCUCGCCUCGGCGCCUGCCGCACUGCCCGCCGCGGCAGUCGCGGGGGCGCACGCUGCAGCGCCCGUUGUGGCGGCUGCCGCGGCGCCUGCCGCGGCGCCUGCCGCGCUGCCCACCGCAGCGCCCGCAGAGCGCGGCGCGGUGCCAGGGCAGCCAGCAGCGGCAGCGGCGCGGGCGCGGGCGAGAUGCCCGAGGGCACCGCAGCCGCAGGCGGCCGCCGCCGCAGCGCGGCCCAGGGAGCGAGAGGCCGCUGGUGCCGGGCUGGCGCCGCCGCCUCUCGGGCCGAGAGGCCCGGCGUGCCAUCCGGAGCAGGUGCCCGCGCCCGCGCUCGGUGGGGGCCCGCGGUGCGGCAGUCCGACAGCGCAGGGCAUCAUCGCGCGCCUGUCGGACCCGGCCGGCGCUCUGGCGCGGCUCCGGGCGCAGAUGGUCUCCAUGGAGGUCUCCGGCGUGGAGGGCGAGAGCGGCCUGUCCGGGGCAGCGCUCCCUGCCGGCAGCGCCUCCUUCGGGGAAAC